AUGCGUGGGAUUACAGACCAUGUCCUCCAGAUGCUUUCACAGCACUGGCUGGCAACGUUUUUCGCAGUUCUGCUGCUCUGGGCUAUCAGAAAUCGAUAUCGAAAUGGACUUCACAGAUACCCAGGGCCUUUUCUGGCUUCCGUCACCGACUGGUGGCGUCUUGUCGAUGUAUAUGGCCGCCGGCCCGAAGUCACACAUCGAGCACUUCACAGGAAGCAUGGCGAUGUGGUCCGCCUGGGGCCAAACACACUUUCUUUCUCAAACCCUCAAGCCCUAAGGACAAUCUACGGAUUGAACAAAGGAUUCACCAAGUCCGAGUUCUAUGUCGUGCAACAGUCUAUUGCAAAGGGGCAUCGCUUGCAGUCCCUAUUCAGUACAACGGACAAUGACUUUCAUGCCAGGUUUCGCCGAUGCGUUAACUCCGCAUUCGCAAUGUCGGCUCUGGUCCAGUAUGAGCCCUUUGUCGAUAACACCACAAAACUCUUCUUGGAUCAGACCAAGAAUAUCUACGUGAAUAACCCAAAGGGCUGUGAUUUUACUCAAUGGCUACAAUUUUAUGCCUUUGAUGUUAUCGGAGAGAUCACUUACAGCAAGAGACACGGCUUCGUGGAAAAGAACAAGGACAUUGAUGGCAUCGUGGCCUACUUGUCGUGGCUAUUCCUUUACGUUGCUCCGAUUGGUCAAAUACCCUUCCUAGACCGACUUCUGCUCAAGAACCCAAUCUACCUCAAGUUCUCACAGUGGGGCUUCAUCGACGCCACAUUUCCUGUUGCUCGAUUUGCUGGCAACCGCAUGGCUGAGCGCAUGCCAGAUCUUACCAAGGGAGAACUCAAGCCAGUCCCUGGAGCGAAGUCAUUGGAUCUACUCUCCAAGUUCUUGGCAGCGCAUCAAUCGCACCCUGAAUUCAUGGGUGAAACCUUGGUCCAGACGAUGGCUGUGAGUAUGGCUUUUGCGGGUUCGGAGACAACUGCGAUAAGUCUAUCGGCUGUAUUUUACUUCCUACUUAAAAAUCCUUCUGCCUUGGUCCGUCUGCAAGCCGAAAUCGACGACGCUGGGCGUGCUGGAGAAUUCGCAGACUCUGAGACGGGUCUUGUGACUUGGCAUGAAAGUCAGCGUCUUCCAUAUCUUGACGCUUGUAUCAAGGAGGCUUUCCGACUACAUCCUGCUGCUGGUCUUCCACUUGAACGGGUUGUGCCCCAGGGCGGAGCAGAAAUCGCGGGUCAUUUUGUGCAGGGUGGAACGAUCGUGGGCUGUUCCGCUUGGCUGAUCCACAUGGACAAAGGCGUCUUUGGGGAAGAUGCCGAUAUCUACCGACCGGAGAGGUGGCUGUACGACGAGGAGCUCUGCAAGACAGAAGUCGGCAAAAAAGCUGAAGAAUCUCGGGUCAAGGAAAUGAAUGGUACGAUGUUCCAGUUUGGAAUGGGAAGCCGGACAUGUAUUGGAAAAAACAUCAGCCUCCUGGAGAUUUACAAACUCGUGCCCAGCAUGUUAAGAAGAUUCGAGAUCCAAUUCGUCGACCCCAACCAAGAGUGGGAGCUAGUCAAUGCUUGGUUUGUCAAGCAGAAGAACUUCACUACAUCAUUCAAGCUACGAGAUAUUGUCACCCCUCAGCAUACGGGAAAGGGUACAACGGCUGCACCAUGA